AAAUCCCUAUUCAUACAAGCCCGAUCCCAACAAUUAUACCGGAAAUCCAUCCCCACGAAGCAUCGACUCUCAUUCCCCAUCAUCCACCUGCGGAAAUAGUUAAAACUGAAUCCCCCGAGGAAACGACUGAGGCGCAGGAAACUGAGGAGAUUACAUUAAAUCCUCAAGGCGACAACGAGUUGGAAUCCUCCGAUGAAAAUCCAUCUAAAAUAGUGGAAUCAGAAGAUUUAAAGCAUCCGCCGCACAUUCACGCAAUCGACGUCGAAUGCGCCAAAGACAUGAUGAAGAUAAAUAUCGAAUUUAACAGGAAAUUUGACGGCAUUAUAUACUCCAAGGGCUUUUACAGUAAUUCAGAUUGCCGAUAUGUUGCAGAGAAUUCCGGAGAUACUAAGUAUUCGUUUACGGUCAGUUUGAAUUCUUGCGGAACCGAGUUUAUCAAUGGUUUUGAUACGGAAGGUCAAUCGUAUUUGGAGAACGUUUUGGUAUUGCAAAAUGAAGCAGGAAUCCAGGAAGUUUGGGAUACCAUAAGAGCGGUUCGUUGUCUGUGGGAAGGAAACUUAAAUAAAGCUUUGAGUGUGGCGCUUAGCGUUGGAAUGUUAUCUCAAGAAAUUGUUACCUUCAGCGGUGACACGGCUAUGGCUAAAUUGGAUAUACAGCUUGGAAGAGGACCUUUUGCUCCUACGGCAAAUGGUUUAGUGAAGAUUGGCGAAGUCAUGACUUUGGUAGUCUCCGUGACCGGCGAUCCCGGCUUCGAUUUACAAGUUAAGGAUUGUCGCGCCAAAGAUUCAGAUAACAACAACAACAUCGUCGCCCUCACCGAUGAUAACGGAUGCGUUUUGAAGCCAAAACUGUUCGGAGCUUUCCAGAAAACUCGAAAUACAGGAAAUUCCGGUGCCAGUAUAAUGGCUUACGCAUUCUUCAACGCUUUCAAAUUCCCCGAUGUUAUGGAUCUGAUGAUCGAGUGCAACGUUGAACUAUGCAAAACGGAUUGCGAUGUUUGCCCAGAUCCUGGCCAGAAAAUCGAUCCGGGAAGAAGGAAACGUGAUAUCGAAUCCAACAAUACUCUCGGUGAACCGAUUACCAUGGGUAGGACAUUGAGAAUCAUCCUUCCGGAAGAUUUGAGCGACGGAGAGGAAAUUAUUAAUUUGAAUCACAGGGAUGUUGUAUGCAUGUCGAUGUUUGGCUUCGUAAUUGCGGCAGUUAUUUUAAUAUUUCUUUUAUUGGUCAGCACAUUGUUCAGUGCAUACAUAUGGAUGAAACAUCAACGUUUAAUUCUCCGCAAACAGUAA